UUUCUACCCUGAACAUUGUCCAUUGUCUAAACCACUUUAACCACAAAUGUUUUAAGAAAGAAGGCAAAAUAUUAAAACAAUAGGAAUGCAGUAAAUACAAAAUAGAAAUUAAGUAUACAAAUAAAUGCUCAUGUUCCUUAACUAAGGCUAUGAAAGUAACUCCACUGUAAGAACUCUCUUGAAAUUUCUCGUAGGAGUAAAAAGCUAAACAUUUGAUAACCAUGACAAGGUUUUAAACUAGGGGUAUGCACGUCAAUUUACUGAAAUGGACUUUAACGAAGCAUGAACCCAUCCAUAAAAAGCUACGUAUCGCUCGUUAGCAACAAACCCAAAUCCAAACAAGAAAAAAGCUGCAAACCCCCCCCCCCCCCCAAAAAAAAGCUUUCUUUCUCUCUGCUUUCAUGGCGACUUCUCAUCUUCACCUCUUUCUCUUCUUCCUCUUCACUGGUCUGUCCACCGUCUGCCAGGAAAACAACGACGACGCGCUGCCUCAGCUCCCCCCAUCGGAACAAGAAGCCGUCUACCGAGUCCUCAACUCAGUCAACCCCGCCAUCCCGUGGCGAACCAUCUUCCCCGACAACCUCUGCGCCUCACCAUCAGACGGCGUCGUAUGCGACUACCCCGACGCUUCCUCAUCAACCUCUCUCCACGUCACCGAGCUCCACUUGGGCUACGUCUCGGACUACACGCAGAACCCUCCUUGCUCGUCAAACGCUACUCUCGACCCUCUCCUCUUCACUUCUUUCGAACACCUCCGCAAGCUCUUCUUCUACAAAUGCUUCACCGGAGCUCCCGCCUCGCUGCCGGCGACCAUCCCGGAGGAGUUCGGCUCGGUCCUCGAAGAGCUCGUCUUCAUCGAAAACCCUUCUCUCUCCGGCGACGUCGGCGUCUUGAUCGGUAACUUCACCAAACUGAGAAGGCUAGUGUUAACCGGAAACGGGUUUCACGGCUCGAUUCCAAACCGGAUCUCCGGUUUAGUCAGCCUACAAGAGAUCACUCUCUCUAGAAACAGCUUAACCGGAGGCUUUCCAUCAAACGCCACGUCACGUCUGAAGAAUCUCAAAGUCCUCGACUUUAGCCAUAACUCUCUCACCGGAGACGCUCCGGACUCCAUCGGAGACUUAACAGAGCUUCUCAAGCUAGACCUCAGCUACAACGCCUUCUCCGGCGAGAUCCCUCCCGGAGUCGGAAACUUGAAAAAGCUCGAGUUUUUGGAUUUGAGCUACAACCGUUUCGGGAACUACGGCGUUCCUCUGUUUCUAGCGGAGAUGACGAGUCUAAAAGAGGUUUACCUGAGCGGUAACCUCCUCGGAGGACGCAUCCCGGAGAAGAUAUGGAAGAACCUCGAGGGUAUUUCGGGAAUUGGGUUUUCGAGGAUGGGUCUACAUGGGAACAUUCCAGCUUCGAUGGGGUCGAGUCUCAAAAGCCUUUGGUAUCUUGCGCUUGACAACAACAAUCUCGACGGUCGAAUCCCUUUGGAGUUUGGUCUUUUGGAAUCUGCUCGUGAGAUCAACCUCGAGAACAACAAUCUCACGGGUCAAGCUCCGUUUUCAGACAGGUUCAGAGAUAUGGUCGGGAAGAAGCUUAAACUGAGCGGGAACCCGCAUCUCCUUUUGGUUAAAGAGUCAGUUCCUCCUAUAGCCGGAGAAGUUCUCUCUUCGUCGGCGGCAAGGGCUUUGGCGUCGGUUUGCUUCCCAACGAUUUUUAUGGUUCUUUACAUUUUGAUUAAACAGUGAAAACAGAGGAUAGGUUAGAGAAAAAGUUUUAAUUAGGGGGUAAAAGUUUUAGUUUUUGGUUGUAAUUAUUAGUCUACGCGUAAUGAAUUUAUCUUCAACAAUUUCUUUACUAUUACAAAAUCAAAAGUCUUAGAUCUUUUGUCUUCAGACAUUUAUGUAACGGAACCAGUAUCAUACACAAGAUCAGACAUUUUAUCAGUUUCA